AUGGGUGCCCCGCGCCGAUGCUGCGCAAUCAUCAUCUCUGUGUUCCUGCCCCCCCUGGGCGUUUUCCUCAUGAGGGGCUGCGGCAAGGACCUGUGUAUCAACAUCCUGCUGACGGCUCUCGUCUUCAUCCCAGGCAUGAUCCACGCCAUCUACAUAUCCCUGGCUGACACCAAGCACCACGGCCACCGCGGCACCGACGGCCCCGCGCUGCCGGUCACGGCAGCCCCCACCGCGCCCGUGGCCGCCGCCGCACCUGCCCAGGUGCCUGCCGGCUACCCCGCCGCCGCGCAGUGA